AUGGAUUGGUUCUCAUGGCUCUCGAGAACAAACCUUGAACCUUCUCUCAUCCACGAAUACGGACUCUCCUUCUCCCAAAACGAGCUCGAACACGAAGACAUUUCUUACUUCAACCACGAAUUUCUCCAGAGCAUGGGAAUCUCCAUCGCUAAACACCGUCUCGAGAUUCUCAAACUCGCUCGUCGUGAUUCUCGGAACCGAUCUCCUCCUCUCACCUCUCGAUCCAUCUCCCGAUUCGUGAUUGCGAUUAGGAAAACCGGUAAAUGUUUCUCCGACCACUUACGCGCCUGGAUCCGCCGCGAAGAGUCGUCGUCGUCGUCUCGAGCUCUGGUUUUGGUGCCGACGAAGAAGAAGAGUAAAGGAGGAUUUUUGAAGAGGAACAAGAGAUCUGUAAUAAUGCCAAGCAACAACGUAAAUGGCGGAUUCGAUAAGCAAGAGAGGUUGUUAUUGACUAAUGGGACUCCUUGUAGACUCGAUAGCUUCUCAAGUCCCAUGGUUUUCGAUUACAGUUUCAACGAGGAUCAACUUUACGCGAAGAAUUGCGAAGAUCUUGAAGAAAUCAAAUGGGAUUCCAUGUUUCAGAAUCUAAAACCCACUUGA